UGUUCAUACGGGAAUGAGUCCUUAGAAAUGCGUGCAGCAUGCAUAUGUGCAAUAAUGUGUCUUUUGCAGCGUGUCACAGAAGCUCACCGUGCCAUCUCCUUCACUUCCUGUCAUGUUGAAUGAGAGCACGUUAGGAAACCACAGGUGGGUCACGUGACACGACAAGUCCUCCACCGUCUGUCUGUGCUUCGGUUUGCGCAGCACAAAGCCUCAUUUUGGAUUCAUUGAACGACCAAAGUCAGAGCGUUUCAGUUCUUUCACAAUGGUGCUGAAGAAAGACUUCCUGUAAAAGUCGCGCAGGAAGCGAAAAGAGGAAGAGGAAGGACAAGUGGACAGAGAAGUGAUGGACACGUCAGAUAACAGCAGUCCGGACAUCGUCACGAACGGUGAUUAUCCGGUUCGGUGCACUGAGGAAGUACUUCUCCCUUUCUUCACAGAUGACAGUCUGCAGGUCGCCAUGGCCUCGCGGCACCCUCCUUCCUCCCACAGUGACCCUCCUGCUCUGCCAGAACUCAGACUGGUCCUUCUGGGCAGAAAGGGAGCAGGAAAGAGCGCGGCAGGCAACACUAUUCUAGGAGGCGUGGGAGGCUUCGAGAGCGGGAAGCCCACCGAGGAGUGUGUGAAAAGACGGGCUGAUGUUGCGGGGAGAAAAGUCACGGUGGUGGACACCCCGGGAUGGGAGUGGUACUACCCGCUCAACAGCACCCCCAACUGGGUGAGGAGAGAGACUUUGCGGAGCGUGUCCCUCUGUCCUUCUGGACCCCACGCUGUGCUCCUGGUGGUGCGAGCCUGCGCCUCAGUGACGGAGGACUACGUCAGUGAGAUAGAGGAGCACCUGCAGCCGCUAGGAAAAGAGGUGUGGAAGCAUACCAUGCUGCUGUUCACCAGAGGAGACGAGCUAGGCCUGGUGUCGAUGGAGCAACGGAUCCUGACGGGCGGCCCGGCGCUCCAGAGACUCCUCCAGAUGUGCGGGAACAGAUACCAUGUUGUGGAUAACCGCAGCAAAGGAGACAGGACGCAGGUCAAGGACCUGAUAAGGAAGCUGGAGGAGAUGGUGGCGGGGAAGAGGGACGGAAGCAGUCAUCUAGAGAUGGAUAACACGGUACUGAUGGGUCUGGAGGCAGACGGGAGGAGGAGAGCGAGGGAGAGGAGGAAGAAGCAGAGGCAGAUGGAGGAGCAGAUGCAGAGAGGGGCCAUCAAAGCUGCUCUCAUGAGCGAUGGUCUUCAGGGUUCGGAGCUGGACGCCCACCAGUCGUUCUCCAAGGCUCCCCGACGUUUAACCGAGGUCAGACUGGUUCUCCUGGGAGAGCGCGAAACAGGAAAGAGCUCUGCUGGGAACACCAUCCUGGGAAAAUUGGACUUCUUCCAGGCCGGAGCUGUGACGGAGGAGUGCGUCCGCCAGCAAGCGGAGGUGGCCAUGCGGCUGGUGACGGUGGUGGACACUCCAGGCUGGGAGGCAGGCGUAGCAGGAGCCACACCUGAGAGGGUGAAGAGGGAGAUCGCCAGUAGCGUGGCGUUGUGUCCACCAGGGCCUCACGCCCUCCUGCUGACUCUGAGGGUGGAUACGCUAGUGAUGACGGGACAUGUGAAGGAGCAUCUCGAGCUUCUGGGCGAGGGUGUAUGGAGACACACGAUGUUGCUGUUCACCCAUGGGGAUCAGCUUCGGGAGGGGGUGGACAUCGGGCAGCACAUCCAGGGUGGAGGCAGGGACCUCCAGUGGCUGCUGGAGAAGUGCAGGGGCAGGUACCAUGUCGUCAGCAGCGUAGAUGGAGGAAGAGGACAUGAGGGCUCCAAUAAGGUGACAGAGCUCCUGCAGAAGGUGGAGAAGAUGGCCGCGGUGAACAGGUGUGAGGCUUUUUCCAACCUGGUUCACGAGGUCAGGGAUCUGAGCCGGCAACGGAACGAGAAGUUCAACCAGCGGCUGAAGGACAUGGGAGACAAACUGCUUCGCCAGGAGGCGGAGUUGAAAAACGUGAGAGAGCGGGAGAUGAAAAGCAUCAGGUGGUUCUUCGACAGGAGGAAAAAGGUGAAAUCACCCGGAAAGGCCGACGUUCAACGGGAAGAAGAGGAGGACGAGGACAGGAGGAUUGGCGAAAAGAAGACCGACAUGGGCGAGCUAGAGGAGAGGAUACGAUGGCUGACGGAGGAUAAAGAGAGAGAAAAUCAGGAUCUGAGCAUAGAAAAAGAGAGACUCCGUGUAGCGUUAAGCAAGAGCAGCAGAGAGAGAGAUGAAGCACUGUUCAACCUGGAGCUGAAAGAGAGAGAGAUCGAGGAGCUGCAGGAAAGAGUCGACGAGCAGCAACUGAAGCUGCUGGACUUCGAACGCACCAGUGUAGAAAAUGAACAUGAGAGGAAACAGAGGGAGAAUAACAUUAAAGCGGAGAAACAAGAGUGGAUGAGUGUGGUGAAGAAACUGGAAGAAAACAUAGAGCUGCAAAAGAAAGUCACAGCGGAGUGGCUGGAAAAAGUGGAAUCCUUGAAGAAGGAAAAUAACGAGACCAAAAGACACUAUGAUGACGCUCUCAAGAGGAAAGAAGAGGAGAAAACCAGGGAGAUGGCAGAGAUGAAGGGAAAACUCGAAUCGGAGAUGGAAAGAAAAGACAAACAGCAGGAAGAACUGAGAAAGUCAGCCGCGGAGGAAAAGCAGCUAGCUCUUGAUAACAUAAAACACAUGGAGAGGAAAGUUAAUGAGAUGGAAUCACAACAUAAGGAAGCGCUGGAGAGAAAAACACAUGAGACAGAGACAGAGAUACGAAGCUUAAAACUGCAGCACGAGGAAGAAACAGCCCGAAAAAUCAGAGAAGCAGAAAAAAGGAUGGAGAAAAUGAAAAUCCAGCACCAAAAAGAAAUUGAUCAGAAGGUGAAAGACAAUGAGAAGGACAGAGAAAGGAUCAAACAGGAGCGUGACGACGAAAUCAGGGGCGUACGGCAAGAAAAGCAGAGAGAGAUUGAAGAGCUGAAAGUGCAGUUUGCAAAAGAAAGAAAGGAACAAAUGCGAGCAAAAGAGAGAGAGGUGGCCGAGGUAGAACAGAGGUAUCUCGUCCAAAUGGAGGGCAAAAUUCUCGACAAUAAAGCAGAGAGGGAAAAGAUGCAUCUGAAUCUCACAAAAGAGCUGGCCCGAAAGAUGCAAGAGAAAGAAAAACAGGUCGAAGCGCUAAAACUGCGGCAUCAGGAGGAAAUGGAAGAAAUGGAGAAAGCGAUGGAGGCGAGAAAAGCCGAGCACCAGGAGGAGAUCGACAGAAAAGUGAAAGAAAAGGAGAAGGAUGUGGAGAGGGUUCAUCGGGAGUACGGCGAUAAAAUCAGAGACAUGGAGCGAGAAAGACAAGGAGAGAUCGACGAGCUGAAACAACAAUUUGCAGAAGACAUUCAGAGACAAUUGCAGGAAAGACAGAAGGAGAUAAGAGAGUUAGAGCGAGCGCACAAAGCUCGAGUGCAAGAAACGCUGCUGGAAUAUGAGAAAAAGAAGGAACUGAUGAAUCAGAGUCAUCAAAACUACGUACGCGAGAGGGAACGACUAAUAGAGGAGCUAAAAGAUCAGCACGUCAGCGAAAUCAAAGAAAAACUGCAAGAAGGUGACAAGGAGAGGGAAAUGAUUGUUACGACUCUCAGGAAAGAGAUGGAGCAAAGAGUGGAGGAGAAAGAAAGAGAGAUGGAGGAGAUCACACUGAACGUCAAACAGAUGAAGGAGAAGCUGCAACGGGCCGAAGAGAAGGAAAUCGAUCAUGUAAAUGACAAGAAAGAGACAGAGCGAAGGCUGGAGGAAAGAGAAAAAGAGAUGGAAGUGAUGACAGAGCAUCUGAGAGAACUUGAGAAACAACUGCAACAGGUCAAGGAGGAGAGACAAAGAGAUCGUUUAAUACACGAGAGGCAGAUGGAGGAAACGCUGGGGGAGAAGGAAAAAGAGAUAGAGGAGAUAAAACAGGAUGUCACGGAGGCGAAGGAGAAGCUGCAACAGAAGGAAGAGAAAGAAAGAGACAAUCUAAAGAGCAAGAAGGAGAUGGAGCGACAGCUUGAAGAAAAGGAAAAGGAAAUUGCGGCGAUGAAAUUAGACGUCAAGGAAAUGCAGGAAACGCUGCGACAGAGGGAAGAGAGAGAAACGGAUCAUUUAAAUGAGAUGGAGGGAAGACUGGAGGAAAGAGAGAGACAAAUAGACGAGAUGAAAGAAAACUUAAACGGACUUCAGAAACGACUGCGGCAGACAGAAGAAGAGAGAGAAAAGGAACAUUUAAAUCACAGGAAACAAAUGGAGGACAAAGAAAAAGAGAUGGAGGAGAUAAAACUGGACGUCAAAGAAACGAAGGAGAAGCUGCGACAGAAGGAAGAGCAAGAAAAAGGCAAUCUAAAGACCAAGAAAGAGAUGGAGGAACAGAUGGAAGACAAAGAAAAAGCACUCGAGGAAAUGAAACUAAACGUCAGGGAGAUGCAGGAAAUGCUGCGACAGAAGGAAGAGAGAGAAACGGAUUGUUUAAAUGACAAGAAAGAGAUGGAAGGAAGACUGGAGGAAAGAGAGAGAGAAAUGGAAGCGGUGAUAGAACAUUUAAAAGAACUUGAGAAACGACUGCAACAGACGGAAGAAGAGAGAGAGAAGGAACAUUUAGAUCACAAGAAACAGAUGGCAUACAAAGAAAAAGAGAUGGAGGAGAUAAAACUGGAUGUGAAAGAGACGAAGGAGAAGCUGCGACAGAAGGAAGAGAAAGAAAAAGACAGCCUAAAGAACGAGAGAGAGAUGGUUGAACAGCUUGAAGAAAAGGAAAAAGAAAUUGCGGCGAUGAAAUCAGACGUCAGGGAAAUGCAGGAAACGCUGCGACGGAAGGAAGAGAGAGAAACGGACCAUUUGAAUGAGAAGAAAGACCUGGAGCGACGACUGGAGGAAAGAGAGAGAGAAUAUGUCAAUCGCAAGAAGCAGACGAAGCAAAAACUGCUCGAACAAGACAGACUGAUAGAAAAGCUGAACCAGCAUGUGAAGGAUGUCGACGAGAUCCUGCAGAGGAACGAAGAGGAGCGAGGAGAAAUCAUCCUGAGUCAGAAGAACGAGGCAGAGCGACGACUGCGGGACAGAGAGCGAGAGAUGGAGGAGAUGAAGCGGCAGCUGCUAGACGACACGGAGAGGAAAGUCGAAGAGAGGGAAGCCGAGAUCGAGAGCCUGAAGCGAGAGGCCGACUCCAGGGAGACGAGGUGGAGGGAGGAGCAGAGGAGGAAGGACGAGAGAGGCGAAAGCGAGAUGAACCGGCUGAUAGACGUCAUCAACAAGAAAACAAAAGAAGUCACGGCAGCGCAGCGUCUCCUGGCUGAGAGAGACGGCGAGAUUGACGAGGCGAGAAAGACGUGCGCAAACUACCUGAAAGAAAUGCAAGAGCUGAAAGAAAGCUACGACAACCAAAGCUCGAGCGUCAUCGAGAUACGGCGGCUGCACACGGAGCAGGAGAGGAGAAAAGAUGCUGAGAUGAUGGAGAAGCUAGAGGAGAAGGAGGAAGAGCUCCGACGACUGAGGCAGAGGGACGGCGAAAACGAGAAGGAGCUCGUCCAGCUGAGGCUGACGAUCGAGCAGACGAAGUCGGAGCUGAAGGGGAUCACCGGCAAGAUGGAGAGCGAAAUGAUGAGCAUGAUCCAGGGAUAUGACAAGGAGAUCGCAAGACUGAACGAGAGCGUAGAGUCGAUCACGAAGGAGAGGGAUCGCUUGGAGGACGAGAGCCGGCAAAGCAUCUCCGACGUCACGGAGAAAUACGAGGAGAGCCGGAGGAGAGUUGAGGAGCUGCAGGAGCAGAAUGAGAAGGUGGGAAAAGAGGCGGACAAUCUCAAAAUCAAGUGCGAGGAGCUGAAGAAGGAGAGCGAAGAAGACGUUCGAAGACAACUCAAGAGUCGUGACGAAGAAACCCAAAGCGUCCUUAAAGAGAGAGAUGAAGAGAUCAGGGCGUUGAAGGAGGUGAAAGACAAACUGCAGGUGGAGAUAGAAAGCAUGAAAGAGAGAGAGCUUGAGGCAGAGAGGAAGAUGAAUGAAGUGAGGGAACAUCUCCAGGCUCAGCUGAAGGACAAACAAAGUGAGUCCAGAGAGAUCGAAGAGGAAUUCUCCAAGAGGGAGGAAGAAGUAGAGGAAAGGGAGCGGCUUCUGAGCAGAAACGAAGAGGAGCUGAGCAAAAGAGGUCACGAACUGGACGUCAAAGAGGGGACGCUGGAAAGUAAGGAGCAAGAACUUAGUGAAUGGGAAGCAAGGCUGGUAAAACAGCAAGAGGAGCAAGAGGAAAAAGCCAAACACGAGCGGGAUGUGAGCGAGAGGGCGCAAAACAUUGAGAAAAUGGAGAGGGAGCUGGAAAGCCUGCUCGGAGCUCUGGAGGGGAAACAGAAGGAGCUGAACUGUCACGGCCAGGAUCUUCAGAAGAAGGUGAGAGGGCUGAAGGAUCAGGGGAAGGAGCUGAAAGACAAGGAGUACCAUCUAAAAAACGAGGAGCAGGAGCUGCUCAGCUUGAUAUCAGAGCUGCAGACGCGCAAAGAGCACGUGAGCUCGACGACGCAGCAGCUGGACGAGAUGGGCAGAGGCCUGGCUUUGCUGAAGGACGAGCUUCACAACAAGGAGAAAAACCUAAAGGUGUCGCUGAAGAAACUGAGCACGUGGGAGCAGAACCUUAGAGAGCGGGAGGAGGAGUUGCUGAGGAGAGAGGGAGGACAACGCGAGGUUGAGGGCAAGAGGAAGGUCGAUGAUAGGGAUCCUUUUGAUCUGACAGGAGAAGAAGACGAGUUGGAUUUGACGUAUGGAGAGGCGCACAGGAAAGGGGAGAGGGGAAGAGGAACAAACGCAAAGGAUAAGGAGGAUCAGAGGACGAAAGCGGCAUCGUCAGCUGCAGGGAGCAACAACUGUCAUCCUGAAACACUAAAAAAGAUAGAGACGAAGACGGAAAGGGCAAAGGUCGUCCAAGAUAUCCGGUUUUUAUCUGCAAGGCAACGGAGCUCAAACAACAGACAGUCCUCCGGUUCAGACUUGAAGGUGGUGUUGCUGGGGGAGUCCUGGUCGUCUCGUUCCCCAGCUGGAGUCACCAUCCUCAGUGGAGAGACAUCCGAACACGACGGCUCUACCUUCAGACGCUGGAGAGGCCAGAUAUCAGGCCGACACCUCACCAUGGCAGAACCGCUCGGCCUGAGGUGGCGAGACGGACCGGAUCCUUCCAACGCGGCGCAACGGAAAAGCAUCCUCGACAGCAUCGCCUGGUGCCACCCCGGACCUCACGUCGUCCUCCUGCUCAUGCCCGCCUUCUUGACCUGCACGCAGAAGUACAGGAGGGCAGUGGAGGAGCACGCGAGCUUGAUCGGGGAAGAUAUUUGGCAGCGCACACUGGUGCUGUUCACGUGGGGGGACAUAUUAGGGGAGAGCGCAGAGCAGCACAUCCUGAGGAACAGCGAGCUGAUGGGGCUGGUAGAGAGGUGCGGGGGCAGGUACCAUGUAGUGAGCAGGAAGAACAACAGCUCUGUGAUUGAAGGAUUGUUUGAGAAGAUGGAGGACAUGUUGGCUUUGGACAGUAUGUAGAACCAUUAUGGGAAUUUACAAAGUUGUCGUGUGAAAAGGUUUUUUAUUCAACUUAUGUGAAUAUUUUUAGAAGACGUAGAUCCCUUGUUCAUAUUAUUUAAAUUUGUAAUAUGUAACGUUUCUGCAUUAAAAUGUCUGAACACGA